AGGAAGGGGAUUUUACCUACUGGAAGGAAAUGGACUACCCAGUGUCUUCCAGUGGCCUUGAGAACCCUGACUGCAGCAUUUGGAACUAGCCUGCGCUUACAACUCUUCAGUUUACAAUUCACGGGGUUACAAAGCCAACUCGCGUUGGCUUGACUGUUGAUUGCACAGAUAAAGCAACUUUAAAUGCUGCUAUGGGUCACACUCCAUACUGCUUAAAAGGAUGAGUGGAGAUUCUAAUAGAGAUCUGGAUAAAAACUAUGGCAAGCUCCAUAAAAAAAUUCAGUGUCAGCUCUCCUGACUCAACAGUAUCUUCUCUCCUAGCAAGCUAUGGCACUGACAGCAAUAAUCCGUGCUCAAACAAUGUGAUUUGCUACAAGGACAAGCUUUACAGCUCUGCAUCUGAGGCUCUGGAGGCAUAUAUUGAAGAUUUUGAUUUAAGCCUCAUGUCUCCAGAAAUAAGCACUGGAAAAAUCUGCAUAAGUCAAAGCACUCCCAAACAUACUGAGUUUUCCAAGUACCAUGCCAAAGGAAGAUAUGUAUUGGAGGACUUUAAUCAUCGUGCAGGAUUAGGUUCUACUGCUUCAUCCUGUAGAAGGAGGACUGAGUGUGACCCAGACUUGAUUAGCCUCACAACAGAUGACCUAUUGGCUUUUCCAGCAGAUGGAUCUCAGCCCUUUGUCCAGCGCCCUCCUUUUAAAACAAGGCAUCAAAAUAGUGAGUGCAGCAGGCGGUCGCUUAAAAAGUCUACUUUCUACCCUUACCAAACCUCAUCACUUGAUAUUGAGAAGGAUUUCUGUCUCCAAGAGAAUGACAAAUCUCUUGCUAAUCAGAAGUUACACAAGAGCUUCUGCAAAAAGAAGCACAGCAUAUGUACGUCUCAUAGGUACGGUUCUGUCUCUUGUAAAGGAAAUCCAAGAGCCUUGUCUUUUGAAGAGAACUCUAAUGCUUUUCCUGUUAAGAAUUAUCCAAGAUGGCUUACUAGUGGGAAGCCUGACUUAAGCGUGUCAGGGAUAAGUAGUAUUCCAAAUUUUGACUACCCAAUCUGGCUUAACAGUCAUAACCUUUUUUCUGAUUCAGCUAAUGAAGGUGAUGGUCAAACUUUUAAUAUGCGACAUGAAACUUCCUCUUCACAAACUUCCGAGAUCCUGAAAAGGAGACACUCCAUGGAUAAAGACAAUUCUAAUUUUUUUUUUGAACACAAUGAUUGCCUGGAUCUAAUAGGUGAUAACGAAAUAGCAGAAAGUUGCAACUAUGACAGUCCGGAUUCAUGCUUCCAAUUCGGUAACUCCUUUUCAAGACACACCAAAGAGCCAUUUAGAGAAGAUCGGCUUGAGCUACUUACCUUGAAGACUGAGAAAUCUCUGGAGACUUCAACUGAAGAUUUGUCAAAUUCUCUGAAAAAUGAUGACAGUCCUUCUACAACAGAUAUCCUAGAAGCAGAAAGAUCAUGGGAAAAUAUUCCAGUUGCUUUCAAAUCACCAGUGCCUGUACGCUGUGAGGAUGAGGAGAAUACUCUACCAUUCCCUAAGGCAAAUAUAGUUCAUGAGUUCUUCGAAGACUGUAUAAAUGACACAAACAAGGAAAAUACCUUUUCUGGAGGUAAUCAUCAUGGACCAACUGAAACUUUAAAGCUAAUGUUGUUUAACCUUCAAGCAGUUCAUGAAAGUUUAAACCAGAAUAAAAUUACUGAAGAAAAGGAAGAGUUUGAAAAACUUUCUGAAAAAGCAGAUGCUGAAUUAGAAGUGUGUGACAGUGAGAUGAUCCCUCUUACUAAUUCUCUUCAGAAGGCUUUACACCAUUUGUCUCGUCUUAAAAGUCUUGUUGAAGAUAACAGUAACAAGCAAGAGCAAGCUGAUGAUCACCAAGAAGAUAAACAAGAAGAAAGCAAGAGUAAUCCGUGCAGCUGAUAUCUAGAAAUCUUUCAAUACUGUGUAAUUGAAAUAAUGUGAUGUCCUGUCCUUUAGUCAGAAUGUUUUUUGGAAGCUGUACCAGCACAUGUUCUCAGAAAGUGUUGCUCAGUAUUUCUAUACAUAUUCAUUAUUUGCAUGCAUUACUUCAAAACUUAAUUAUUCGUGGUUCCAGUAGGGUCUAACAACAUAUGACGAGAGAGAUCUUUUUAAAGAAUAUUUAAUUAAUGUGAACGCUUUCGUGGAAGAAGCUAUGUCUUUAUAAGAAUAAAAACUCUAAAUAUUAAAUUACUUGGUCAGUUUUAGUCACCGCUUAACUGCACAGAUCAUGAGAAAUGGGGAGCUGAUUAUCAUGUGUAAAGUUAAACAGGAAGUUAGCAGUUAUUAUGCAAGAUGUUCAGUGCUCUUCUUUCUAACAGGGCUUGAGUUGGUGUAAUUGUGUGCUCCU